AUGAGCAAAUUGGUAUCUCCUGGCUUCUUCAAGGUGCUAAAUAAUGCGGAUUGGCUGGGCAGUUUGAAUCUAAUAGAAUUCAUCAACGAGACUGCUGGUUUCGUGCGUCUACAAGAAUUGUAUCACAAGGAUAGCGUAAAGCUUCGCGAGUCCGCUGGAGAGGGCAUGAAUAUGAAAGAAUUCUUGUAUCCACUCGUUCAGGCCUACGACUUUUUGCAUCUGCAUAAAAAUCACCUGUGCUCCCUUCAGGUACUGUCUGUUUCAACUUGAGGAAUCCGUCGAGAAGAACCGCCCAAAGAGCACUGGCAACAGAACUUACUCUUCUUGUACAUGGAGCUAUUGGCAUGGUCCGAACAGAUGUUUUUAUUUUGUUGGCCUCCGAUCAGUCGCUCAUGAACAAAAAAACUUUUGUUUCUUUUUUCAGCUGGAGCUCUGCAGGCCAUUGAACUUUCCUCCCGAAUAUUCUUCCCCUGGAGCUCUACGCACGCGACCAACGAGAAGCCGAUGCACAUCCUUGCUAACGGCCUCUCUCUGUCUGAACGUAAUUUCCUGGUGGCUGCCGUCUGCCACCCAACAGCUUCCACCACGAGCCCUCUUCCCGUUAUUAAUGACGGAGGCGCCUCCCAAGAUCCUCUGUCUCGUCUUCAGGAGGUCUUGUCAAAGGCUCUAGCCAGCCAGCAAGAUCGGGGUCACGUCCUAUCACUGUCUGGUGGAAUUGCUCUAAAUGGCAUUCAGUUGACUCCGUCCUCCCCGGAUGUUGCCUUGACCAGCCAGUCAUCAUGGCCUGAGAAUCUCGUUAAGGAAGCUUGGAAUGCGUGUGAUCCGUCUACUGGAAUUAGUAUAAUGCAGAUUGGUGAGAGUUCUUGUGUUCUGUAG